UCUGACAGUACAAUGUUCAAUGUAAUCGUUUUUUAGUUUUAACCGAAUUUCUUCGUGUUUGUUAUUAAUUCAGUGACUUACUGAAUAGUUAAACUCGAAUUGAAAUAUUUCGUUUAAAAACACCGGUUUUCAUUCAUAACAAUACUGAGGCUGAGAAAAUUCUGUGAACUUUCACACGAAAGACAAUCAAAACUUAGGCAAUUUUAACUUUUAAUACCAUGGCAGAAGGUAACAAAAGCAUAAAAAACGAUGUAGUACAUAAACUCGUUAAAAAUUUUCUCAGCGGAAACUUAAAAUAUGAUUUAACACAAGAUGAAAUAAACGAACUAUCUUUGGACAAACAAGAAAUGUUUUUGCAGUCAACAAUUCAUAGCCCUCUUUAUAAGCAAUAUCCCUUAAAAGUUGAGUUUUGUAGAUUAUUUUUUAAGAAACUAAUUAAAUAUUUGGACCAGUAUUCUGAAGUCCAUGAUGAUAUGUAUGAGUUUAUAUGUUCUUUGAUGAAAAUAAAAAAUGAAGAAAAUACAUUCUGUUAUAGACAUUACAUUUUUCAAAAUUUAAAUGACAUUAUUACAAUAAAAGAAACAAAUAACAUGGUUAUAAAUGGAACAACUGGUAUGAAAACUUGGGAGGCUGCUAUAAUGUUAUCAGACUGGAUGUUAUGUAACAAAGAAUUAUUUCAUAAUAAAAGACUAUUAGAACUAGGUUCAGGAGUUGGUUUUACAGGAAUUACCAUUGGAAAGUUCUGUUCAUCAAAAUCUAUAACAUUAACUGAUUGCCAUAGUGAUGUUCUUAAUUUACUUGUAGAAAAUAUAAAAAUUAACUUUCCAGACUUACAAAAAACUACUACUUUACAAUUUCCCAGUUUUAAGAAUGAACACAAAGUAAUAGAUGUUAUUAAAUUAGAUUGGCAUUGUCUCGAAGAUAUAGAUGUUAAUUACUAUCCAGAUAUUGUGAUUGGUGCUGAUAUAGUGUAUGAUCCAUCAAUUCUUUUACCCCUUUGCAGUGUUUUAGAUACAUUUUUUAAUAGAAAUCCUCAUUUACAAGUGUAUAUUGCAAGUGUUAUAAGGAAUGAAGACACUUUUAAUCAAUUUACAAAAGUUUUAGAUAACAUUAAUGUUGCAGUUGAUAAGGUGGUUCCAUCGGAAUGUGUCUUUUUGAAUUGGGAUAAAGAAAUGAAGAGAUGUAUACUGAAAAUAAUAAAAAAAACAUGACAUUAUUUACAACAUUUUGAAUGUAAUUAUUUUACAUAGAUUGUGUUUAUUAUUUUUGCUCAUGGUACAUUAAUUCAUUCAAAACAUACAUACAUAGUAGCAUAAAGGUGUCCAACCACAAUCCUUAAGUUAGUUUCAAUUUAAGAUACUGGGGGACGUGAAACUGGUGCGUCGACCCUAUAGGAUUAGGACAAGGAGGACGCAGAGAGUUAAAGAGAAACCUCUAAAAACUGCAGCGAUAACAACUCGUGGUAAAUAAAAAAAUUAACUCCGCUCGUGUUAUCCUCGCAAUUCUAUAACGUCUGGUUUCCGAACAAGCAUUAUGUGUCACUGUCUUGUUAAUGUCAAUGUCAAAAUCAAGUCACGAUUUUUACAGUAAUUUAUAUUUUAUUUUAUGAAGAAUUUAUUCGAAUAAGUAUUAGUUAUCAAUUUAAUAAUAAUAUAAACAUUUGUCCAAAAAGCUUCUUAAAGCAAAUUGUUACCCAAAAACCAUAUA